AUGGACGCUGUUAUCGCCGCGGCUAAACCAACGACGGCUCCCACGUUAUUCCGUCGUAAUCGAAUCCGUGUUAAAGAGCUAUUGAAAAAUGGAAUGAAGCUUGAAGGAAAUGCGCUUACGGUGAAAGGCUGGGCCAAGACUCUGCGAGUGGCUGGCGCUGGCGCCUUUGCGUUUUUGGAGCUAAACGAUGGCUCGUGUUUCACUGGCGUACAGUGCGUUAUCAACAAGGAGGAGACAGAAGGAUUUGCUGAUGCAAUUGCUUCAGGUGGCGUUGGUGCUAGUUAUAGUGUAGAGGGUAUCGUUGUCAAGUCGCCAGCUAAGGGCCAGGAAAUUGAGCUUAAGGCUGCUAAGGUCACAGUGUAUGGUGGCAUCCCGGAUAGUGCUACGUACCCUAUGAGCAAGAAACGUCAUACUUUGGAACAUUUGCGUGCCCACGCACACUUACGUCCACGCUCUAAUAUUCACGGCGCUGCAAUGCGCGUACGCAACGCCAUGGCCUUUGCCACCCACGAGUUUUUCAAUCACCGUGGCUUCCUGUACAUUCACACUCCUAUUAUUACGGAGUCAGACUGUGAAGGAGCUGGAGAGAUGUUUAGCGUGACCACGUUGCUCAGUCAGCAUCCUGACGGCAAGCUGCCACUCACUAAGGAGAACAAGGUCGAUUACGCUAAGGACUUUUUUGACCGCCCCUCGUACCUCAGUGUAUCUGGUCAGCUCAACGUCGAGACCCACUGUUGUGCCCUCUCAGACGUGUACACGUUCGGUCCUACAUUCCGUGCUGAGAACUCGAAUACGUCUCGUCAUCUUGCUGAGUUCUGGAUGAUCGAGCCCGAAAUUGCCUUUGCAGACCUGAAGGAUGACAUUGACCUGGCUGAGGACUAUCUGAAACACUGCGUACAGUACGCUCUGGAUCACUGCCUGGAGGAUCUGGAGUUUUUCAACAAGAAUGUGGAGAAGGGCUUGCUUGAGCGUCUGGGAGCUACCAUGAAAUCGCCGUUUGUGCGCAUCUCGUAUACGGAUGCCGUGGAAUUGCUACUAAAGUCGGAGCACGUGAAGAAGGGAAAGUUUUCUGUCAAGCCUGUGUGGGGUACAGAUUUUGGUUCAGAGCAUGAACGAUACUUGACCGAAGUAGUGUAUAAGAAGCCGGUGGUGAUUUAUGAUUACCCAAAGGAAUUUAAGAGCUUUUAUAUGCGUCUAAAUGAUGAUGGCAAGACCGUUGCUGCUGCUGAUGUGUUGGUACCCAACGUGGGUGAAAUUAUUGGCGGAUCAGCGCGCGAGGAACGUCUGGACGUAUUGGAGACUCGCAUUAGAGAGUCUGGUGCGAACCCGGAAGAUUACAAGUGGUACUUGGAGCUCCGCAAAUACGGUUCAGUCCCUCACGCCGGUUUUGGUCUUGGCUUUGAGCGUCUCAUUCGUUACGUGACUGGUAUUGAGAACAUUCGUGACGUGAUUCCAUUCCCGCGUUGGCCAGGAAACGCCUCUUUUUAA